AAGUUGGAAAGGAAUACAAGUAACAGUUCCCAUCUAUUCUUCAUUCUUUUUCCUUUUAUUUUCAAUCCAUUCAUUGACUUCAUUUGAAUUCUUUUGGCUUUUGCUUGUUCUUUGGGUAAAGAAGAACACCUGGAACAGACAUUCUUUACCUUCCUUAAUUACACACCUCCAGUUAUUACAUAUAUAUAUAUAUAUAUAUAUACCAUAAACUUCCUCUUCAUUCAUUUUCAUUAUCUUGAAUGCACGAGUAUUCCAAAUUUCACUUUUAGGUUGCAUUCAGAGAUGGGUAUUCUCGGAGCUAUAGCUAAGCAUUUGGAUGCAAUUAUUGGGCCUGGAGUUAUGCUUCUUUAUCCUUUAUACGCAUCAAUAAGAGCAAUUGAGAGUCCUUCAAGCCUUGAUGACCAGCAAUGGCUGACUUAUUGGGUUAUAUAUUCUCUUAUAACCCUCUUUGAACUAACAUUUUGGAAGAUCUUGGUUUGGAUUCCACUAUGGGGAUAUAUUAAACUGGUGGCUUGUUUGUGGUUGGUUCUACCGAUUUUCAAUGGGGCAGCUUAUAUCUAUGAGAAUAUAGUGAGGCAAUAUGUAAAGAUUGGAAGAUAUGUGAACCCAAACUAUCCAGAGAAUCAAAAGAAAGUACUUCAGAUGAUGACUUUGGAUUCUAGGAAAUCUGUGGAACGUUACAUCGAUAGAUAUGGACCGGAUGCUUUUGAACGAGUAGUUAAAGCUGCUGAAAGAGAGGCAAGGAAGCACUGAGAUGAAGACGAUGAUGUCGAAGAACAAUGGAUGGUUUACCGUUUAAAGGACUGGAGAAACGGUUGGGUUGUAUUUGUGGUAGUACGAUUUCAUGUUGUGUUACUAUGUGUAUGUAUGUAUUAUGCAAAAGAGAGAAAAAUUAAGGGUGGUUUUUUUUUUUUCUUUUUUUUUUUUCUUUGUGUGGAUAAUAGCUGUAAAGAAAAAGAGUUUCUAACGAAUAAUAACGUUUGGCGAUCAAUUUGGGAAAGUAAAGUAAAUCCUCGAUCAAGUAAAGUAAAACCAAUAUUCUGUUUCCUAUAAAGUUAAUAAAAGAAAGAAAGAAAAGAGUUGCU